UAUGUGCCUACGGUGCGGAAUACGCCAACAAUUCCAAAGAAGAAGAAGGAGCUCCGCCCCCUUUGUUAUUCAACAUGGCAGUGUCCCGAUUACCAGCAGCGGCUCUGAGUCUCAAACAGUUUUUGCAGAGACAGAAGGUUCUGGGGGUUUACAGAGACCUGCUCCGAUCCAUCCGCAAAAUACCGAUCGAGUCUGAUCGCAGAUACUUAAGAGACUGGGCCAGAGAAGAGUUCAAGAGGAACAAGAGUGAAACAGACCAGGAUGUGAUUCGCAUGAUGAUCACUCAAGCGCACAAUCAUCUGGAGGAUUUGAGAAGAUCUCUCGCGUUGGCUGGAUGCUAGAACGUCGACGUGUUCACCAUUUAUUAAAAGGAUAGUUCAGCCAGAAAUUAAAAUUCUGUCAUCGGUUACAUCCAUUACACACAAGUCCACACAACCAAAAUGUUGAACAGAUUUAAUUUAGGCUUUCAUUUGCAUAUAAACAUUGAUCAACUCACAUACAUAGAGGGCAUGAAAUAUGGUAAACAAAAACUAAUGUCUCUUUUUACAUGAGAACAAACCUCAUUGGUUUUCAUGCAUCAAUGAAGCAGUUUGAGCUUUCGUUUAUCAUAUUUGUUGUGCUCCGUGUUGAUCAAUGUUUAUAUGUGAAUAAAAGCCUAAAUUAAAUCUUUUCAAAGCAAAGUAUAACAGCAUCGUGUCUCUUUGGAAAACUGUGUCUUGUCUGUGUUAAUGUGUUAGUGUUAUGGGUGAUUGGAUUUUAAAUUGAGGGACAGAAAUCUCAGGUUUCAUUAAAAUAUCUUCAUUUGUGUUUUUGAAGAUGAACAAAAGUCUU